CAGCGUUUGACUUCCCUGACAGGGACUGAGGGCGUGAGAGCAACUCAACUCAAAACUUCUUUAAAGAUUAUCACCAAAGACUAAGAGAGGAGGAUGGUUCAUCACAGAGAAGAGGACCUGAUUGGGAUCCCCUUCCCCAAUCACAGCAGCGACGUCCUCUGCAGCCUCAAUGAGCAGCGGCGUGAAGGGCUGCUCUGCGAUGUCAUCCUCAUCGUGGGUGACCAGGAGUACCGCACCCACCGCUCCGUCCUGGCCGCCUGCAGCCAGUACUUCAAGAAGCUCUUUACAGUUGCCACCACUGAUGGUGGAGAUCCCCAUCACACGGCGGCCAUUUAUGAAAUUGACUUUGUGGCCCCGGACUCCCUCGCGGCCAUCCUGGAGUUUGCCUACACCUCCACUCUGACCGUGACGGCGUCCAACGUUAAAGAGAUCCUGAACGCGGCUCAGAUGCUAGAGAUCCCGUGCAUCAUCAACGUUUGCCUGGAGAUCAUGGACAGUGGGGGUGUAGAAGGCGGCGGUGGGAGGAUGGAGGAGGAGGAGGAGGAAGAGGAGGAUGCGGAGGAGGACGAGGAGGAGGAAGAGGAGGAAGAAGAUGAAGAGGAGGACAUGGGGUCGAGGAGGGACGAGCAGGAUGAAGAGGAGGACAACGUCAGCGAGAGGUCACUGCAGUCGUCGGAGAGCCGAGGGGAGCAGACGCCUCCGGGGGGGGAGGAGUCGCAGCCUCCGAGCACCUCCUCGUACCAGCAGCAGUUUGACGUGCACAGAGAGUCGUCACAGUCGCUGUCUCCAGACAACAUGAGGGGGAAACAGGAGAGUAUGGAGAGUCGGGCUCUGAAGGAUUUCUCCAUCGAGUCCCUCCUCCAGGAAGGGAUGUAUCCUCGCAUGUCAACACUGGAUCGGAGGAGCAGCUUCUCCCCUCUCUUCCCCGGCUUCUACCCCUCCAUGUGGGCUGCAGAGUUCCCAGCAUUCCCUCAGCAUCUCCUGGACCCCGGCCACCAUCAACACUCCCAUGCAGGCGCUUCACUGCCAACCCGGCUCCCCCAUGCAUUCUCCAACUCCGCCCAGCGCGAGGCCUCCAGGCCCCUCGACCUAGCCGUGAAGAGAGAGAUCAUAAAGGAGGAGAUGAAAGAGGAAGUCCCGCCCAGUCUGCUCCACGGCGACUUCCUGAAGGAGUUUGUCAGCUCGGGCCUAGGCGGCACGGUGAACGCCGGGUCGGUGCCCUCUGAGGGUCACGCUCUGGGUCAGAUUAAGGACGAGGCCGAUUUCCGCUCGUACCUGAGCUUCCUGAGCUCGGCUUCCCACCUGGGGGCGAUCUUCCCUCCCUGGCAGCUGGAGGAGGAGAGGAAGAUGAAGCCAAAGGCGUCACAGCAGUGUCCGAUCUGCAACAAGGUCAUCCAAGGAGCCGGGAAACUGCCACGACACAUGAGGACGCAUACGGGAGAGAAACCAUACAUGUGCACUAUCUGUGAAGUACGAUUCACCAGACAAGACAAGCUGAAGAUCCACAUGAGGAAGCACACAGGCGAGCGCCCCUACAUCUGCCUCCACUGCAACUCCAAGUUUGUCCACAACUACGACCUGAAGAACCACCUGCGCAUCCACACGGGGGUCCGUCCCUACCAGUGCGAGCACUGCUACAAAAGUUUCACACGGUCCGACCACCUUCAUCGACACAUCAAGAGGCAGAGCUGCCGAAUCUCCCGCCCCCGGCGAGGGCGAAAGCCGGCCGCCUGGCGGGCCACACCCAACAGCAACUUCCUGUGCCCCCCCUCCUCCGCCACCAACCGCUUUGAGGAGAACGGGUUAAGCCCUGCGUACCAGGCGGUCAAGAGUCACGGACUUGGGGAGAUGCUCGGCCUCGGCAGUAGGGGUCUGGGCAUUAAGAGCUCGGGCAGGGAGGAGCGGCGAGCAGAAGGGAAGCACGCCGCAGCGGAGGAGAAGGCAGGAGACGGGAGGCAGAGAGGAGUGUUCGCCUUCGCUCUGGCUGGAGAAGAAGUGCUUACCCGCUCACCAUUUUAUGCUGCGACCUCUGACCCCUGGACCAUGAGACUUGAGCGCGCUCCGCCCCUCUCUGAGCCGGCCAAAUGA